AUGCCGUUAAUGUGUAUAUCAGACUGGAAUGGYAAAUACUUGUGUCGCAUGUCUGACAACUCCUGUCCACAAAGCGUCCGUCAACGAUUGCGCCAACGAUUCCGCCCCACGUCAUGCCUUGAUUACCUCAAUAGAGGUGUCACUAAGUGCGGUUACUACAAGAUCUACGACAACAACGAUAACAGUUUCCCAGUCUAUUGUGACAUGAAGACAGAGCCCGGAAAUGCCUGGACCCUAAUCAUGUCCUGGAGCAACAAAUAUCGCCMUUAUCAUCAAUUUUUAAAAUACCCCUUUAAACAAAAUUCACCCAUCAACGAGAAUUCACCAAACUGGAAGCAGUACCGACUGACYUUGUCUCGUAUGCAGUCCAUCAAGAGUCACUCGACACAUUGGAGGUCAACUUGUAGCUUCCCAACCCAUGGAGUCGACUACACAGACUACGUCAGAGGAAACUUCAAAGAUUUUGAUAUUUUGAAUUUCAUUGGGAGKGGMGUUUGCAAGAAAGUAGAGUAUGUGAAUAUCCGUGGCCAUGUUGGUGUUCAUGUAACCGCACGAUGGUGGCAAYRUCUUAACYSCWYSUCCCUUCACAUCGACAGUUCCUCCAAAGGAUGCGCUUUCGUACCYGUCUCAGGUUCCGUUUCCAGUGAAGACAACUUUGGGUWUCKUMCUGCGYUCAACCCGAAAUUCCGUUGCACUGCCAAUGACCAUGCAACAACUCAAUGGUGGUUCGGUGGCCAUCUCUGAAAGCCUUCUCAAAAGGAGACUUCGUGAUUGAUUCAUGUAUUUGAAUAUUGGGAAAAAUAAAGAUGUCUUAUGAUUAAACCAGAGUUAAAUGUA